AUCAAAGGUUAGAUAACACCAGUCGAAUACACUAAGUAAACUUCGCACUUUGAUAAAAAAUGAUCAGCAUGCCUGUCGCACGUUUAAAAAAAUGAAAGAAAGGCCCAUAGCAACACGACGCUUAAAUGUCAAAUUGAAAAAAAAGAGAGUGAAAUAAACGACAAAAAUCAUUGUAUAAAUAUUUACCUUUCCCCUCUCACUAAAAAGAAUAAAUUUGUUGUAUUUAAAUGUCAUUUGGAUUGUCCAAUUUUUCUGAUAAUACAUAAUAUCUUGGUUGGUAUAUAGUUUAAAUUUGAUAUUGGAUUUUUUAAGUGACAGUUAUUUAAUUGAACAAACAUUCAUUUAUUCAGCUGUUUAACUUGAGAUACUAUCAGAAUAAAGGAGUGACAAUGGUAAACUUGUGUGUCUAUGGAUAUAUUGCUUUGUAUGAAAACAAAUUCCUAGCUUGAACUAUUGUUUUUUGCAUUAAUAAAAAUGAUCAAUAUUAGUGAUAAGUUUUAUUGAUAGUUGGCUCAUUGAUUCUGUAAUACAACUUUUAAUCAGGAAAGUGUCAGGUUAUAUCUGAUUUGAUAGAAGUAGGGAUAUUUUAUGUUGCACUUAAAGAUAAAGUAAGAUGGAUGUUCAGAGGAAUUCUACAAACACAAGAGGUCAGCCAUCUGAAAGUAAACGGCACUGCAGGCACAGUCACGGUAGAAGAAAGCCUUCCAUUGAAGAACCCAUCACUUCUGUAAGUCCAGUCCAUGAGGAAACUGUUGGAUUUGACAUUCUGAAGCUUGAUGACAGACCUUCAACAAGCUCAAGUGAGAAAAGACCAGGGACAGGUUUAAGUGAGAAAAGGUCACCAUUAUUGAGUAUCUCACCACGACCAGCUAGCCGCAGACCUGACAGGCCAAGUAGCACUAGAUCAGUUUUUGAGCACAUACCAGGCACUAGACCAGCCAGUAGAAGGACAGCCCCAGAAUUAUGCGGACGACAUGGUCAGACAACUGGAGAAAAUGAAAUAGUGGAACUUAAUGAUGAUAAAGAUGGAUGUGUGUAA